UGGAGUUGUAUCAGAGUUACGGAGCACAAUCAGAGUUCAGGCGUUGCUUUUCCAUAGAUUGGGAAGAUCUUGGAGAAGGCCCUCGCACAAGGUAUGGACAAGAGUUGGAUAGAUUUAAAUGACAGAUGUCCCUGAUGCAUAUAAAUUUCAUUGCUUAAAGGUUAUUGGCAAUAGAUGGAGGGAUUGGAAGUGUCGGGUUAAGCAAAGAUGGUAUGACGCAUACUUGACCGAUGAACAACGAUUAUCCUUCACUCCUCCUCAAGUCACUACAGAUCAAUGGAAGACACUAGUAAAGUAUUGGGGCCUCCCUAAUAUAAAGGAAUAUUCUGAGGCAAAUAAGGCUAAUCGUGCACAUGGAGGUGCUCCUCAUCGGACUGGUCGUACUUCAUUUGCUCAAUUGAAACAUGAGAUGAGAGAGAAGGGAGAGAAAACGGAUCGGUUGAGCAUGUUUAUAAAAACAAGAACAAAGAAAACAAAGAAUGAUGACAGAGACCUUUUCGAUGAGGAAAGUGGCCACAUUAUUAAUCAAUUUAAUCAAUGCUUGGAAGAAAGGGAAGAGCAUGAGCAAGACGAGGAUUAUCGAGAUGGAGGUGUUUACUAG